GCACCCAACUCACUGACCCUAGGAGGACUAUUCUUCAUGGUGGUACCAGCUAUUAUCACCAUCAUCAGCUGUCAAGAUCUGUCGUCUCCUGCCCCUCAGUGGGUCUAUUUAUUGAACGCAAUCGGGAUUUUUAUUUAUCAGACCUGCGAUGCUUUAGACGGCAAGCAGGCUCGAAGAACAGGCUCGCAAUCAAGUUUCGGAGAGCUUUUCGACCAUGGGUGUGAUGCGAUAUCUACCAUCUUUGCCGCACUCUCGAGCAUUUAUGUACUUCAGCUGGGCACAGGC